AUGCACGUCUGCCAUCCGUGUUAUCCUUGCUUCGUGGCGUUGCUCCUCAUCGUUCUAGCCUCGCCGAAUAUUCAACCAGCUCAAGCAGAUGAAAGAUUUGAGUAUUUUAAGGCCUGCAUUCAAAGGUGCUCUGACUUGAAUGCUGAAUGCAAUAAGAAAGUGCAUGAUCUUUGGACUGAUUUUUUCAAAAAUAAGAAGGCUAUUUUGCGCCACUUGAGAAAGUGUUGCCUUCGUGGUGAGACAAGAGAGGACUCCACACCCGAAGACAGCUUUGCAGCUUGUACUAGAAUCAGAUGUGGAGCUGUGCUCUGGGGAUGCCAAAUUCAAAAGAAGCAUUCCGGUUUCCUUUCGGAAGAUGAGAAGGAGCAUUUGAAGCAAAAGGACCAUGACUAG